AAACUCAUGUACUCAAUCCAAAACGUCACAUGGUUGCAAAAUACCUUUUUUUCAUGUUCCCAUUACAUAUAAUAAUAAUGACUUUGAAGUUUAGAGACAGAGACUUUGUGGCUUCAGGCAAAGGAAAAUCAUCUCUUCAGUAAAAUAGCCGUUUUUAUUAUGCUUCAUUUAGAUUUAGAUCUAGAUUAAGAAGUUUUAUUUCAAACUAUCAACUUUUUAGUGAUAAGAGAGGGAAGCAGCUGUAAGAUAAUAUCUCUACUGGAGCUGAAAUGAUCUCACUCUGGGAUAACAGACAAUGCACUUCAACGCCGUCCUUUCAUUGAGGAUGAUGCUGCAAGGGAUGUAAUUACAGUCACCACUGACAGAUCGAUGACUAAUGCCGAACAAUACCAUAGUCUGUAAAAACUUGAUUUCCCUCUGCUGGGUUCUAACAUUUACAGCAGGCGCUGCAACAAAUCAGUGGGGCGCUUCUUUGUGUUGGACGUACAUCCUUCUCUCAAGGGAUUACACACUGAUUUCAUGCAGAGUUUGUAUUUUUGUAUUCAAAGGGCUGUUAAAACGCAUUUCAGGGCCUUUUGAGGAAAUCACCAACAAUGUGGACCGUUUCUCUGUUUUUUUGUUUCGCCAAUAUUCUCGCCGCAGGACAGGCCGGUGGUCCGCUUUCAGAACCAGCCCCUGUAUUGGAACUCUCUGAAACGGCCUCGCCGGGUCUCUUCAUUCCGGCAAAACAGAAACCUAACAGCUCAAUUCAUCCACCCCAAGUAGGACACAAAGCACCCAGCCCUCCCAUGUGCUUGGAGUCGGCCGGGACCAGAGACGCCUUCAAAUAUGUCCACACCGCCGUCUCCGUCGUGGUUUUCGUUGUUGGAAUAGUGGGAAAUUCAGCCUUACUGAAGAUCAUAUACGCAAACAAAUGUAUGAGAAGUGGGCCGAACAUUCUCAUUGCGAGUCUUGCUCUGGGGGAUCUGAUGCACAUUGUGAUCGACAUUCCAAUCAACGCGUACAGGCUCAUAGCUGAAGAUUGGCCGUUUGGUUUGUUGCUGUGCAAACUUGUCCCCUUCAUACAGAAAACCUCUGUUGGAAUCACCGCGCUGAGCUUAUGCGCAUUGAGUGUUGACAGAUACCGAGCUAUAGUAUUCUGGAAUCGAAUCAAAGGCAUCGGGGUUCCAGUGUGGACAGCGGUGGAAAUAUCUCUGAUAUGGGUUAUUUCUAUCCUGCUGGCUGUGCCUGAAGUGGUCGGCUUUGAUAUGAUAACAAUGAACUAUAAAGACAAGCAUCUGAGGAUAUGCCUGCUUCAUCCCAUGCAAACCACCCCGUUCAUGCAGUUUUACAAGUCAGCAAAGGACUGGUGGCUGUUUGGCUUCUACUUUUGCCUGCCACUGGCUUGGACCGCCCUUUUCUACACACUCAUGACCAGGAAAAUGCUUAGGAAUACCGAGAACACGUUAAGCGACCACACCAAGCAGAGGAGAGAAGUCGCAAAAACCGUCUUCUGCCUGGUGAUAGUCUUUGCACUUUGUUGGUUGCCUCUGUACCUGAGCAGAAUCUUGAAAUCCACCAUAUAUGAUGAGAAAGACCCUGAUAGGUGUCGGCUCCUGAGCGUCUUCCUGGUGAUGGACUAUUUUGGCAUUAACAUGGCGUCACUCAACUCGUGCAUGAACCCCAUUGCACUGUUCAUGGUCAGCAAGAGAUUUAAACAAUGUUUCAAGGCAUGUCUGUGCAGUUGGUGUCGGCCUCGUCCAGCUGUAGCGAAUGAGGAGGUGCAGCCUGUUUUGAAGUCCAGAAUGCAGGACCAAGCCUCCGAGCAGAGCUGCAACAUCAAAGCUCACGGGCCGACUUCCACACCCUUACAGGGGAACACCUUACUGUGUUAACAAAACACAGUAUUUCUAUGAAAAAUUAUACAUCCAUAUAUAUCAAAGCGGCUUCCAAAACCGCUCAAUUGGUGGCUCAGCAACCAUGACGUGCCAUAUAGAUAAUGUUAAAUACUUUGUGAAUAACGCGCAGCGCUGCCUUUUUGCGCCGCUCUCGUCAGUUGAACAUCUGGUUCUGUAUGAGCAACCUGGAGUCAGACCAUUUGGCCCCGGGCUUUGACUCAUGGCCAACCAUUACAUCAGAUUUUACCGAGUACCUAUUCUGUAUCACGCAUCACGGCCCUAUAAUCAAUCGUUUGGGCAUGAUGCUAACCUGGCACACAUUGACACAAAUCUUCUCACAGAUUACUGCCUGCAUAUGUAUUAUUUGGAUUCUGCUUCUGGAUUUUGUUAAGACGCCGUACCGUAAAAAAUUGAGCAAAUGAGAAUUUAAAUAUAUUGGGAUGGGUUUCACGCGGUUCGGUGUGUUAUCCACACAUAAAUGUGUGUUUUUAUCUCUAAGUUUCUCCACACAAAAAGAGUUUACAGCCUCCCCCUCCGUUCUCGAACCUUGAGAAAACUUAUCAAAUUGGCGCCACAAGUAGAUUCCUCCUCUGCCACUGAAUGACUGAUUGAUGGUGGCCUAUUUUUAAUGCUUUGUUAAAUGUGUAAUGCGUGGAGACACUUUAUAAAAGACCUGAGAGAGGGGAAGAAGGAAAACGAAGAUGACAGAAUGAGGUCAGGUGGAAAGAAGGA